AUGGCGCUUCUUUAUAAAGAGAUAGAGCUGGGCUCCAAAAUAACCAAAGUCAUCCAGUUCGACAGGGAUGAGUCCUGUAUGAUUGGCUACGGGUUUUCCAUCUCAGUGGUGGAGGAGGAUUCAGUGCAGCAGCUCUACAUUACCGAUGUGAAGGCGGGAGGAUUAGCCUUCGCUAAAGGUCUGAAUGCGGGGGAUGAGAUCUUGCAGCUGAAUGGGAAAGACUCGUGCAAAUUGAAGUUCGGGGACAUGAAGGGGGCGUUUUCCCAGGCCUCUCUGUCCCUGACCGUCAACACUCUGCCCUCCACGGACCGACGACAAAUCUGUUACCUGCCCCCCCGACGCUCUGACGCACAGGAAGUCCUCCACACAGACAUCUUCUCUAUGAACCAGGAGGAGAUUCUGGAUGACGGGGUUGGUCUGACGCUGGAGAGUUCUGGAGACAGCCUGGACGACGAAUCUGAGAGCUUCAGCGAGGCAGACCAAUGCAGAAAGAGUACGGAGCAGGUUGCAGCAUUCUGCCGCAGUCUCCAUGACAUGAAUCCGUCUGAGUGUGCGACAAGUUCCUCCUCCCCCAGCCUGGAGUCGCCCGUCCCUCCGCCCGCCACCGGCACCCGUCAGCUCUCCGACGCCGACAAGCUACGCAAAGUCAUCUGUGAGCUGGUGGAGACCGAACGCACCUAUGUUAAAGAUCUUCAUUGUCUCAUCGGGAGGUAUUUAACCCCACUACAGAAGGAGACCUGCCUCACUCAGGAUGAGCUGGACAUUCUGAUUGGGAACCUGCCUGAGAUGGUGGAGUUCCAGGUGGAAUUCCUGAAGACUCUAGAAGACGGGACCAGAUUGGUUCCAGACCUGGAGAAGCUGGAGAGAGUGGACCAGUUCAAGAAAAUCCUCUUCUCUCUAGGAGGUUCCUUCCUGUACUAUGCAGAUCGGUUUAAGAUCUACAGUGCGUUCUGCGCCAGCCACACCAAAGUCCCCAAGGUGCUCGUGAAAGCUAAGACCGAUGCAGACUUCAAGGCGUUUCUGGAAGAGAGGAACCCGAAACAGCAACACUCCUCAACCCUGGAGUCCUACCUGAUCAAACCCAUCCAGAGAGUUCUGAAGUACCCACUACUACUGAGAGAGCUGUACUCACUGACAGACCCGGACAGUGAAGAACACUAUCACCUGAAUGUCGCUAUGAAGGCCAUGAACAAGGUGGCCAGUCACAUCAAUGAGAUGCAGAAGAUCCACGAGGAGUUUGGGUUGGUGUUUGACCAGCUCAUAGCGGAGCAGAGUGGAGACAAGAAAGAGAUGAAGGUUCAAGGAAACAAUAUGAGCCUUUUCGAGCUUUUUCAGAUGGGGAUAGCUAUUUUAAACAGACCAGCAACCUUCAAGAAUGGUGCAGGUCAAGUGCCCUCCACAUCAAUGUGUAAAAGACAAAGGAGAUGA